AUUAUCCAUGAAAAUAUUUGUGGCCAUUGAGGAAUUCUCACACAUACCCCACCCACAGAGGCACACCUACAUUUACUCCAUUGCUUCAUCUCUCUCAAUUUCCCCAAUAAGACAUAACCAAUGGCCACCCUAUCUCCUAAGUUAGCCACCGGCAUUCUCCAUUUUCAAUCUCAGCACCGCAAACCGCCUUCUCUCCUCCCUACUAACUUCAAUUCAUUGACAAGCAACAGCAACAGCUAUAGUUUUAGUAGAUGUAGCAAUGUUAAGGUGAAGAAAGUAAAAUGCAAGGCUACUGAGGUUUCGGUUGCAGAGGGGUCAUCGGCGGCCAAUUGGGUGCCUGUUGUUCCGCUGUCAGCACUGCCCAAAGGAGAGAGACGUGUUAUCAUACAAGAUGGGGAAACUAUACUCUUGCUUUGGUAUAAAGAUGACGUUUUUGCUAUUGAAAAUCGUUCUCCUGCUGAAGGUGCUUAUAGUGAAGGGCUUCUUAAUGCUAAGCUCACUCAGGAUGGAUGUAUCGUGUGUCCUACAACAGGUAGCACAUUUUAUCUGCGAAAUGGAGCAAUCAAAGAAUGGUAUCCGAAUAAUCCUGUGCUGAGAGUCCUUACUCCUGUCUUGAGAAAUUUGUUUGUUUAUCCCGUUAAAACCGACGAUGAGAAUAUCUACAUCAGCAUGAGAGGUGGAAAAGUUGAUGCGUCUGCAGAGAUUGUUUUCAGUGGAAAGGCUCAACCUGGUGUAACAGCAACUGACGUUAAUGUAGACGAGGUAAGAAUGGUUAUUGACGAGGGUCAAGAGGCCUUUGGGUUCACUGGAAGGAAUGAACUGAUAAAUGGAAAAGCAGCAGUAAUUGGUUUCCUGUUGCUGUUGGAUUUUGAACUCUUGACCGGGAAAGGUCUUCUCAAAGGAACAGGGUUCUUGGACUUCAUUUACUCAGUUUCAGAUGCUUUCAAAUGAAACCAUUUCGCUAAAGGAAAAUUUUCCUACUAAGUCAUACAUAAAUUCUUAUUCCCCGUCCCUCUUUUUUUUUCUCCCUUUUACCAUUUCUCUGACAAAUUUGCUUUUGUUUACAAAAAACCAAAACAAAGGAGGUUGAUCUUUGUAUAUGUUGUCCAACUUUAUAGAUUAGUGAAUUAUAUACACCUUUGAACAACA